GAUGCAUCGACUUUUGCGUCACGUCACGCAUUUCCAAAAGUUACAGGUUGUUUGCAGCUAAUAACUUUAGGAACGCCAUCACGUUUGAACUUCACACAACAUGCCGGUGGGGAGUUUCUUCACUACCACAAUCAGCUGAACUCGACGCUCAGAGCGUGCGUCUUUUUCAAAGGCGUCCAGAGGCCUCGCAUGUUACCUGCUCGGCCUGAAACGACAUGGCGCAACCCAACAAGCAGGCGAAGAGCAUGUCUUCGCGACUCAUGAACAUGAAGUUCAUGCAACGCUCAUCCGCCUCUCCCUCCCAAACACCAAGCACCCGCUCGCUCGAGCCACCUGCAAAGAGACAGAGAUUAUCCAAUGGAACUGUCCACUCCACGCCCUCCACCACACCGCGGUCGAGAGCAGAGGGCAGUGAAGGGGAAGCACUCACGGGAACCGCGUCGCCGGUCGGGGGAACUCCUAUCACAUCACACCUUGACGAGACGGAGUGGUAUUUGAGUGUUAAGAAGCAAGAGCCGACAGCACAGCAAACGCCUCUCCGGAUCGUGUCUGCGGGAUACUCUGCUCUUGACGCUGCGGAUUCUGCUGUACCGGUCAAAGAUGAAGACGACCAAGUACCAUCGACUCGAAUGCAUGGGCGAAGAAGUUUUGGGAAGUUCAAUCGACGGCUAGAGGUACGUUGACGCCCAGACAAUGUUCGAUCACCGCUCACCCGUGUACAGAAACAACAGAACCCAGAUCUAUCUUCAUCCGACUCGGAGUCCGGCUCUGGAUCUUCCAACGACGAGGACGACAACGACGAAGACGACGAAAGCGACGACCCAACAGGAGCAAAAGCAAUGAUUGCCCAAAGCCGCAAAG